AUGAAACAAAAGUCCGGUUUAACAAGAUUCCUUAACUGCAAUAUUCUUCGUGAUGGCAAAAUAAUUAAAGAGGAUUUGUGGAUACGGGACGGUAAAAUAAUAAACCCUGAACAAGUUUUUUACGAUGAGCAACAAGAAGCAGACGUUAGUAUAAAUUGUAAUGACUUACUUAUUACUCCAGGAUAUAUCGACUUGCAAAUAAACGGUGGUUGGGGUGUUGACUUUUCAUUUGAUACUGAAAAUGUUGAAGAAGGUGUACGUAAGGUAGCAAAAGAACUCUUAGCACAUGGUGUCACAUCAUUCUGUCCAACAAUGGUGACAUCAGAGAAGGAGAAAUAUUCUAUUAUUCUUCCCCAAAUAAAAAAAUUACAAGGCGGGAAACAUGGAGCAACUGUUCUUGGAGUCCACCUAGAAGGUCCAUUCAUAAGUUUAGCUAAAAAAGGUGCUCAUUCACAUGAGUUUAUCAUGAAUCCAGACAAGGGAUUAGAAUCCAUUCGUGAGGUCUAUGGGCCGUUGGGCAAUGUAAUUAUUGUCACACUAGCCCCUGAAUUACCGGGAGCAUUAGAUGCAAUAAAGGGAUUAACUAAUCUUGGAAUUAAAGUAGCGCUCGGACAUUCCUCCGCUAGCUUGGCAGAUGGAGAAGAGGCCGUCAAGUGUGGAGCGAACCUGAUAACCCAUCUAUUUAACGCUAUGCUUCCAUUCCACCAUCGUGAUCCCGGCCUUGUGGGACUCUUGGCCUCUACGACCGAUAAACAAGUGUUCUAUGGUAUUAUUUCUGACGGCAUCCAUACUCAUCCAGCGGCACUACGAAUAGCGUGCAGAACAAAUUCAGAAGGUUUAGUUUUAGUUAGCGACGCAGUUCCAGCGCAAGGGUUACCCGAUGGCACUUACACCAUCGGCCCACAAGCUGUCAGCGUCGAUAAAGGACGAGCGUACAUCGCCGGUACUAAGGUCCUCUGCGGAAGUACCAGCGCUUUAGACGAGUGUAUUAUUAAGUUUAAGGAAGCUACUGAUUGUUCUCUCGAAUACGCGCUGGAGGCAGCGUCUUUACAUCCAGCUAAAGCUCUCGGCAUAGACAAUUGUAAAGGCAGAUUAAAUUAUCAGUGUGAUGCAGAUUUUGUUAUAUUGGACCCUAAAACUUUAAAUGUUUUGUCAACUUGGAUAGCAGGUGAAUGUGUUUAUACUGCGCCCAAAUAA